AUGGCAGCUAUACAUGUGGUGGAGUCAGACCUGCCAAGCGCUGUGACACUUUUGAAAAACCUCCAGGAGCAGGUGAUGGCUGUAACUGCACAGGUGCAAGCUCUGACCAAAAAAGUUCAGGCUGGAGCCUAUCUUACAGGGAAGGGUCUCAGCUUCUUAGAAGUGAAGGACCAGUUACUGCUCAUGUACCUUAUGGAUUUGAGCCACCUCAUCCUGCAUAAAGCUUCAGGAGGGUCUCUUCAGGGACAUGCUGCAGUUUUGAGACUGGUGGAGAUUCGCACGGUUUUAGAAAAGAUUCGUCCGUUGGACCAAAAACUAAAGUAUCAGAUUGACAAACUGGUCAAGACUGCAGUGACAGGCAGCCUCAGUGAGAAUGACCCACUUCGCUUUAAACCUCAUCCGAGCAAUAUGAUGAGCAAGUUGAGCUCAGAGGAUGAGGAGGAAAGUGAAGCAGAGGAAGGCCAGUCUGAGGUGACAGCAAAGAAAUCUGUAAAAGGAGCAUCUAAGAAAUAUGUUCCACCACGCUUGGUUCCCGUACAUUAUGAUGAAACAGAAGCUGAGCGGGAGAAGAAGCGUCUGGAACGAGCCAAGAAGCGGGCAUUGAGUAGCUCUGUUAUUCGGGAACUUAAGGAACAGUAUUCUGAUGCUCCAGAGGAAAUCCGUGAUGCUCGGCAUCCUCAUGUCACUCGCCAGAGUCAGGAGGAUCAACACAGGAUUAACUAUGAGGAAAGCAUGAUGGUGCGUCUUAGUAUCAGUAAACGAGAAAAAGGGCGACGAAAACAAGCAAAUGUCAUGAGCUCACAGCUUCACUCCCUCACACACUUCAGUGACAUCAGUGCUUUGACAGGAGGAACCCCUCAUCUAGAUGAGGACCAGAAUCCAAUUAAGAAGCGGAAGAAGAUGCCUAAGAAAGGUCGGAAGAAAAAAGGUUUUCGGAGGCGGCGAUGAUUAUGGGUAUACAUAUUUAUGUAUUUUUUGUCAUCCUGGGAUACUUCUAAUUUCACUGUAUGUAGGGUUUUGUUCUUGGAAUUCAUUAAUUGUUUGGACAUGUGGAACAAUCUUUAUUAAUAAAAUUGAUUUUACAUA